GCGUGUUGAAUAUAUAAGGAAUGUUUGGCAAGUACCAUUUAUAGAUAAGGAAAAACAAGAACAAAAUCCACGCGCCAUGGAAGAUGCUCUGUUCUACACAUGUCUUUCCCUUAUCACCAUUGUCUUCGCUUUCAAGCUCUUCUACCUCCAAUAUAGAUCAUCUUACAAAAACCUCCCACCUGGACCAUUUUCUCUUCCGAUUAUUGGUCAUCUCCAUCUCUUAAAGCCUCCUGUCCACAGAACUUUACGCCGUCUCUCCCAAAACUACGGCCCAAUUUUCACUCUCUGGUUCGGAUCUCGCCGCGUCGUUGUGGUAUCGUCUCCCUUGGCCGUCGAAGAAUGCUUCACCAAAAACGACGUUGUUCUCGCCAACCGACCUCGGUUGCUAAUGGGAAAACACGUGUACUACAACUACACAACUGUCGUGGUGUGUCCGUACGGUGAUCACCGGCGCAACCUUCGCCGUAUUGGUUCUUUAGAGAUCUUCUCGUCGAGCCGCCUCAACAUGUUCUUGGGAAUCCGAAAGGACGAAAUCAAGUUGUUGCUGUGUAAGCUCUCGCAUAAUUCACGACAAAAAUUUUCCAAGGUGGAGAUGAAAUCGUCGCUUGCAAAGCUGACAUUUAACAUCACAAUGAGAAUGGUAGCAGGAGAGCGGUACUAUGGGGACGAUGCGACCACUGAUAAGGAAGAAGCACAGAAUUUCAGAGAGGUUAUAGAGGAGGUAAUGGUGUGUGGUGGGACAACAAAUCCAAGAGAUUUCUUGGCUAUCUUGAAAUGGAUUGGAAUUAAUGGUUUUGAAAGGAGGAUACAAAAGCUUGCUAAAAAGACGGAUCGUUUACUGCAAGGUCUAAUUGAGCAGCAUCGGAGAAGCCAGGGGAGUAGAAACACCAUGAUUGAUCAUCUACUCUCUUUGCAACAGUCACAACCCGAAUACUACACCGACCAAAUUAUCAAAGGAUUUAUACUGAUAAUGAUACUGGCUGGAACGGACACAUCAGCAGUGACAUUAGAAUGGGCAAUGUCCAAUCUGCUUAACCAUCCCCAUGUCUUAGAAAAGGCUAAAGCCGAAUUGGAUGCUCAAAUUGGGCAACAGAGAUUAGUGGACGAAUCAGAUCUUUCAAAAUUACCUUACCUCCAAAACAUAAUCUCCGAGACCCUUCGACUUUACCCAGCAGCACCAUUGCUCGGGCCUCACUUCUCAUCCGAAGACUGUACUGUUGGAGGAUAUCACAGGCCAUGUGACACUAUUUUAUUGGUUAAUGCAUGGGCCAUACAUAGAGAUCCUGAGCUUUGGGAUGAUCCAGAAAGUUUCAAGCCUGAGAGGUUCGAAAAUGGUGAGGUUGAGAUCUACAAGCUCAUGCCAUUCGGAAUUGGAAGGAGGGCUUGUCCUGGAAUCGGCCUAGCCCAACGUGUAGUGGGCUUGACUUUGGCGUCAUUGAUUCAGUGCUUUGAAUGGGAAAGGGUUAGUGAGAAACUAGUUGACAUGACUGAAGGUAAUGGGCUCACGAUGCCGAAAGCUUUGCCAUUGGAGGCCAUGUGUAAAGCACGUGAGAUGGUGGACAAUAUUCUCUCAGAUUCAACCUAUGAAAUUCUAAAUAUGCGUAAAACAAUUUGAUUAGCUUAGCUAAGAGCAUAUAUCAAAUAGUUUAGUAUCGUUCAAUUAAUAUUUCGUAUAUUAUUUUUUUUUUUUAAAUUGAUAAUAGAUUUAACCAACUUAUCUAGACGGAGAUCUUUUGAUUUGAUAUCCCCAAAAAAGCAUGCAAUUACCGAACAUCUUUACAAAAUAUAUAAAUAAAAUAAA